AUGGGAUCCCUUCAGUGUGACCCCACCUCGCCCACCUCUGCGACCUCACCAGCAUCUCCGACAUUUCCAUCCGAAAUUCCCACAAGGGUCAACUCCAAAAGGAUAGCCCUUCCUGCUCUAAAAUCCGCCCCGGAAAGGGGCAGUUAA